CACACACACACACACACACACAGCGAGCCGCGUGCUGGGUCGGGAUGGCAGCCGCAGGUGGUGUCAUAGAAGGUGGGGUAGUGGCUGGACCGGUGCACGAGAUGCAAGAGUGGCUGCGUUCGCUUGGAGCCAAGCGUGUGUUUUUGGCACCGCUCGUGGGUGGCUCUGAUCUGGCUUUUCGGACCAUGUGCUACGAGCGAGGCGUUGUGGCAGCUUUCAGUCCCAUGCUGUACGCGCGGCAUGCAGUGGAAAACCCCAAUUAUCUCAACCUCAACCUAGACACACAACCGGCCGAGAACGUGAUUGUGCAGUUCUGCGCCAACAACGGCGACUUCUUCGCCCGCGCCAUUGACAAGGUGCGCCUACGCUGCCGCGGCGUGGACUUGAAUCUGAGCUGGACGUCAAAGCGUGCAGAGCGCGGCGGGUACGGUGAAUAUCUCCUCAAGAACCCCACACAACUCGAGAGCGUUGUGCGAGCGGGCGUCGCGACGCAAGUCCCAAUCACGUGCAAGCUGCGCUUGCAAGCAUCGGUAGCUGAAACCAUUGCCACAGCACAACGCCUCGAAGCAUGGGGCGUCAGCCUGCUCACCAUCGAGGGUCGUACGUCAGCACAGCUCGACAGUCGGCGUGGCAUCGCCAACUGGGAAGACAUUGCACAAAUACGAGCGGCGGUGGGCAUUCCCAUCCUGUACAAUGGUGACCUCGUGGUUCGCGAGCAAAUCGAAGCCUGCCUCGCCUACACGGGUUGGUUUGUGCGACACCCACGCAACCCCCCUACGUUUGAUCAUACCAAGGCACAUACGGCCACACGGUCUCUCCCGCUGACCCGGGCCAACCUGCACGUGUAG